AUGGUGGUGUCGGGUCUUCCGGAGCGAAGGGACGACCACGCGUCGCAGAUCGCACAGAUGAGUUUGGCGCUGCUGCACAAGGUGAAGAACUUCGUGAUACGGCAUCGACCGAACGAUCAGCUCAAAUUGCGUAUCGGAAUGCAUUCCGGCUCCGUAGUGGCCGGUGUUGUCGGCUCAAAAAUGCCUCGCUAUUGUCUCUUCGGCGACACGGUGAACACCUCGAGUCGAAUGGAAAGCAAUGGACUACCCCGCCUCAUCGCACCUUCUGCACCCAUGAUGUAUCCAAUGAUGAAAUUGACGUUGGUCGAUCCCUCUUAG